GGGAACGUAAACACAACAUCCGGAAAACGUUGUUAGCGUCACUGCAGUCAGCACCGGUUUGACCCUCAGCGGCUCUCGGGAGGUUCAGCUGACGUCGGGAAAGUUCAGGAGCAGACUGAUGGCCCUGAAAUUUACUCAGAACCUUCAGCUUCUCCAGUUCAGCAUCCAUCAUUACUUUGCUGGACUCAUAUCGGUCAGGCUCCUUUGCAGCAGUAGUUUGGGCCGUUCCUCCUGCGCUGCCUGUCUCUGUACGUCAGCCGCCCGCUGUAUCCAGACUCACGGCUGCAGGAAACUCCGGACGGACUUCAGCUCGAGGAAUGUGACCACCACAGUCAGGGAGCCGUCGUUUUUCGCCAGCAGCUCUGUGGGAAUCCACAGAGACUCUGAGCUCCGGUUCCGUCUGACCCAACUGCACCGACCCUCUUCUGACGAAGAGAAGAGCUUCCACCAGAAGCUGGUGUGCUGCUCCAGUUCCCGGCAGGUGUUCAAGCUGCUGUGCUCGGUGGAUGUCCUGUCUGACACCAUGGCAGCCGCCUGUCUCCACCGCGUGGCUGACCUGGAGCAGGACGGCGCCGCGCUGAGAGACCCGUCGGUGCUGGAGAAGGAUGCCAUCAGGGCCCUCUGUUUCCAGCUGGAGCAGGACUCGGAGCGGCUAACAGAAGCAGGGCUGGUGUCGGCGCUGCUUGCCUGCACCCGCCUGUUUCUGGAUCCCUGGAGCACACUGAUGGUGCGCCUGGUCACAGAGAGCCAGAAACGGCUCGACGGGGAGCAAAUGGCGGUAGGAGAGCUGUGCAUGCUGGGUCAGGCCAUGCUGGCCAUGGAAGGUCCAGGGUCCGCCAUGCUGGAGCAGGUGAUGGGACAGAUCCAGAAGCAGGAGCCCGACGAGUGGAGCCUCCCGGAUCUCGUAGCCGUCUACAGACUUCUGGAAGUGUGUGUGGGUGAAGAUGGGAAGCACGGCGACUUGUUGAACGCCAUGCACACCCACGCGGUGACGGUCACCUCCAGGAUGGACCCGCCUGCGGUCAGCGGAGUGCUGAGUUCGCUCGUCGCUCUGAACCAGAAGCAGGCCAUGCCUCUGGUGAUCGGUCUGUGUAAGCAGGCCGUGCGACACGUACCUCACUUCAGCGACGAAGAGCUCAGCCACGUCUUGGCCGCUCUGAUCCACUUCGGCCACAGCGACCGCUACUUUGUGGACGCGAUGCAGAAGCACGUCCCUAAAAUGGCCUUCACCUCGCACCCAGAGACCGUAUCCAUGGUGACGGAGUUCUUCAGCCGCAGGAGGAUCCUGUCCCCGACGGUCUUCAAUGCUGUCGCCGAGAACUUCGUGUACCGGGCGGACAGCUACAGCACCAGCCAGGUUGCCAGGCAGAUCAUGGCCUUUGGGAAACUGGGCUACCUUCCGCCCAACGUCGGCCAGCUGUUCAGGAAGGUGGAGACCAUCCUGCACACUCGUUUUUCUCAGUUCCAGCCUCGGAUGCUGCUGAACUUGCUGCACGCCUGCACCCUGGUCGAGAGGUUCCCCGUCAACUUUCUCUCUAAAGUCUUCAGCAGUUAUUUCCUGCAGCAACUACAAGAUCAGGACCUGAGGAUUGAACGGACGGUUCUGGCGCAGCUGACUCAACUCUACAUGACCGUGAAGCUGGAGUGUCCCAUCUACGAGGGUCCUCAGCUCCUUCCAAAGUACCGUGUCAAGUCCUUCCUCACGUCCAAUCGCUCCCUGGAGACGCCGGUUGAUCAGCAGCUGUAUAACUCGGUCAAAUCGGGGCUGGUGGAUUUACUCGGAGACCGAUCGUUCUUCGGAUCUCAAGUUCUCACGCCGUACUGCUACACGCUGGACGUGGAGAUAAAGCUCGAUGAGGAGGGAUACGUUCUGCCUGCCAGCCACACUGAUGAAGUGUACAAGAGGAUAGCUCUAUGUAUCGAUGGACGGAAGAGGUUCACAACUAAUGUAAGACAGCUUCUUGGGAAAGAGGUCAUCAAGCAGAGACAUCUGCAGCUGCUGGGCUAUGAAGUUGUGCAGAUUCCGUUUUAUGAGUUUGAAAAAUAUCGCAGCAUGAGCAAAGUGGUGGAGUAUCUUCACCAGAAAAUCUUCCCUCAUACAUUCAGGCUGAGCUGGUGAUGAGAAGGUUUGCUUAAAGAAAUGCAUAUUUAUUUUUGCUAACUACAGUCCCUGCCAAAAAAGCAAUGUCUUGAAGAUAUGUUAAUAAUUAUGACAUAUUUAACCUAUCAUUAAAGUGGCUUUUUUUGUA